CGAGGGAGGGACCAUAUCCGGGAGAGUGGCAGCUUCCGAUCAGUGGUCGCGCUUCCGGAGAGGCGCUUCCGGUGGCGGCGGCAGCAGCGGCUUUGGUGGUUCCGGGUGUCUUUGUCCCCCCGGUGUCGCGGCCCUGGCCCGCAGGAUUCCCCACGACCCCGGAAGAGGACCGCAUUCCCAAUGUCCCAGUUUAAGCGCCAGCGGAUCAGCCCGCUUCCAGGGGGCCGCAACUUCUCAGGCACAGCUUCGACGUCUCUACUGGGCCCCCCUCCUGGUCUGCUCACCCCUCCUGUGGCUACAGACCUGUCCCAGAAUGCCAGGCACCUUCAGGGUGGGGAGAAACAGCGGGUCUUCACUGGCAUCGUCACCAGCUUGCACGACUACUUCGGGGUGGUGGACGAAGAGGUCUUUUUUCAGCUAAGCGUGGUGAAGGGCCGGCUGCCACAGCUGGGCGAGAAGGUGCUGGUGAAGGCUGCGUACAACCCAGGCCAGGCCGUGCCCUGGAACGCCGUCAAGGUGCAGACGCUCUCCAACCAGCCCCUGCUGAAGUCCCCGGCACCUCCUCUUCUGCAUGUGGCAGCCCUGGGCCAGAAGCAAGGGAUCCUGGGAGCCCAGCCCCAGUUGAUCUUCCAGCCUCACCGGAUUCCCCCGCUUUUUCCUCAGAAGCCUCUGAGCCUCUUCCAGACGUCCCACACGCUGCACCUGAGCCAUCUCAGCAGGUUUCCUGCGCGGGGCCCUCACGGACGCCUGGAUCAGGGCCGGAGCGAUGACUAUGACUCCAAGAAACGCAAGCAGCGGGCCGGUGGGGAGCCUUGGGGCGCGAAGAAACCCAGGCACGACUUGCCUCCUUACCGGGUCCAUCUCACACCCUAUACUGUGGACAGUCCCUUCUGCGACUUCCUCGAGCUGCAGCGCCGCUACCGCAGCCUGCUGGUGCCCUCGCACUUCCUGUCCGUGCGGCUCAGCUGGCUGUCCGCCUUCCCUCUGAGCCAGCCCUUUUCCCUCCAUCACCCGAGCCGGAUCCAGGUGUCUCCUGAGAAGGAGGCAGCGCCCGACUCGGGUGCCGAGCCCGUCCCUGUGGACAGCGACCCCACUUAUAGCUCCAAGGUGCUGCUGCUGUCGUCCCCGGGCCUGGAGGAGCUGUACCGCUGCUGCCUGCUCUUCGUGGACGACCUGGCUGAGCCGCGGGAGCCGCCCGAGCACCCUCUGAAGCAGAUUAAGUUUUUGCUGGGCCGGAAAGAAGAGGAGGCAGUGCUGGUGGGGGGUGAAUGGUCUCCAUCACUGGAUGGCCCUGACCCCCAGGCUGACCCGCAGGUGCUGGUACGCACGGCCAUCCGCUGUGCGCAGGCCCAGGUGGGCAUCGACUUGAGUGCCUGCACCAAGUGGUGGCGCUUUGCUGAGUUUCAGUACCUGCAGCCGGGACCGCCCCGGCGGCUGCAGACAGUAGUGGUGCACUUGCCAGACAUCUGGACUGUCAUGCCCACUCUGGAAGAAUGGGAGGCCCAGUGCCAGCAGAAGGCUGCAGAGGCAGCCCCCCCACCCCAGGAGGCGCCAGGGGAAAGCGAGCCUACGGAGCAGACACCCGAUGUGUCAGAACCAGCAGCCGACCCAGAGGCCCCAGAGGCCACCACACAGCAAGGACUGGACACGGACCUCCCCGAGGCCCCACCACCUCCCCUGGAACCUGCUGUCCUUGCACGUCCUGGCUGUGUGAACCUGUCCCUCCAUGGGAUCGUGGAGGAUCGGAGGCCGAAAGAAAGGAUCUCCUUUGAGGUGGUGGUGUUGGCCGAGCUCUUUCUGGAGAUGCUGCAGAGGGACUUCGGCUACAGGGUUUACAAGGUGCUGCUCAGCCUUCCUGAAAAGGUCAUGGCCCCACCUGAGCCUGAGAAGGAGGCAGCGGCCAAGGAGGAAGUGGCUGUCAAGGAGGAAGUGGCCGUCAAGGAGGCGGCGACCAAGGAGGCCAAGGAGGAGGCACAGGAUGAGGGCGCUGCGGCUGAGUCUGAUGCCCUGCCUGCGAGUGCUGUGAAGGAGGAUGGGCUUGUGCCCAAACCACCGUCUUCCGGGGGGGACGAGGAGGAGAAGCCCCAGGGCGAGGCGUCCGAGGACCUGAGUGAGAUGGCCCUGGACCCCGAGCUGCUGCUGCUGCGGGACGAGGCAGAGGAGGACUUCGCAGGAGCAAAGCUGGAGGACUCUGAGGUCCGGUCCGUUGCCUCAAACCAGUCAGAGAUGGAGUUCUCUUCCCUUCAGGACAUGCCCAAGGCGCUGGACCCGUCUGCCGUGCUCCCCUUGGACUGCCUCCUGGCCUUCGUGUUCUUCGACGCCAACUGGUGCGGCUACUUGCACCGGCGAGACCUGGAGCGGAUCCUCCUCACGCUCGGGCUGCAGCUCAGCGCAGAGCAGGCCAAGCAGCUGGUGAGCAGGGUGGUGACCCAGAACAUCUGCCAGUACCGCAGCCUGCAGUACAGUCGCCAGGAGGCCGCGGAUGGCGGGCUGCCCGAGGAGGUGCUCUUCGGAAACCUGGACCUGCUGCCCACCCCUGGGAAAAGCGCCAAGUCAUGCCCAGCCCCCCCAGAGCACGAGGGCCUGGUGCCCCACAACGGGAGCCUGAUCAACGUGGGCAGCCUGCUGCAGCGCGCAGAGCAGAAGGACAGCGGGCGGCUCUAUCUGGAGAACAAGAUCCACACGCUGGAGCUGAAGCUGGAGGAGAGCCAUAACCGGUUCUCGGCCACGGAGGUCACCAACAAGGCGCUGGCCGCAGAGACGCAGGAGCUACGAGCCCGGCUGGCUCCAGCGGCUGCUGCAGGACUUCCGGAGGCGCCGGACGCCGCUGCAGCUUGAGAUGCAGCGCAUGGUCGAGAAGGCCGACAGCUGGGUAGAGAAGGAGGAGCCGGCGCCCAGCAACUGAGGCCCUUGUGGUCCGGUCUGCGAUGAGCCUGACGGACACCGUGAGAGCCCCUUGGUAGCAGAGCGCAGCUGCGGCAGGGCCUGGGCCUGGCAGGGUGGCUGACCCUGGGCUCGGCCUCCGUGGGGAUAGCCAGCCUUCAGGGUGGGGUCCAUGCUGUGUGGAAUGGAUGUCGGGAACCCCGGUUCCUGUUACAGCUCAGUACAUCUCUGCACCCCUAGAAUGUCGUUUUGCCCUCACCCUCGGAUCUCUCCUGGGGCCCUUUAGUCCCGUCCUCUUCCAGUUCAGCUAAGACAGGGAGGAAGAGGCCUUGGAGUGUGUGACGAGGUCUGUGCCAGUGAACGGAAGCGGCAGAUGUGGAGUCUGGCUGGGGCCGAGGAGCCCCUUCCCUGGCGGGGUCCAGGUGCAGACCCUGGGGAGGUCUCCCCACUGUCCCAGGAGUGGCGUUGGUG